AUGCCGUCAAACGUAACAAAAAAACAACGAAGCAUUGAUUGGAUGUUCUCAUGCAACAAUCCUACACCAAUAGAAUUCUUUCGUUUUAUUCAACCAACACGUAAAACCCGUGCGAUCGAAAAUUAUGGAAAAUUUCUUGAGCAAGCUAUCGGCUUAUGUGAAGACCCGCGUAAAGUAUCAAAACUAGAAAACGUCAAAAAAACUUCUAAUUGUGAUUCGGAUUGGAAUAUAUGGCUAAUAGAGAAAAGAGCGACGAAUACAGAAAUUCAUAGAGAAUUGAACUCAGUCGUAAGUAAGAAGGCGCGAAAACGACAAUUGAAGAAGCAAGAGGAUGACGAUGAAUACGAUGAAGAUAUAGAAAGAGCUGUGUCAUCGAACGAAUCUAGUCCAUAUUCAACUAGUUAUGUGUCAUCAAACGAAUCAUCAAAUGAAUCUUACUCAGAUUCAUCUUUCUUAUUACGUCUUUUGAAGAAAUAUUGCGAAAAAGAAUCAACUUCGCUUUAUGAUUUUAUUAUAGAUCUUUCGCCCUCUUUAAAAAUAAAAGGGCAAUUUAAUAAUGGGCAGUGGACCGAGUUAGUUAAAAGAAGACCUGGCGUGGUCAAAAAUACCUAUCAUUAUGAAAUUGAGCCGCUUGUUGCUCAUUUAUUUAGCCAAGACAUGGAUCUUUCACAAGCUCGUGAAAAAUGGCACGAGCUUAGAAAUGUGGCUGCACCUACAUAUAAUGAUGGAUUCUCUUACGCAAAAAAUGAUUGGGAUAAAAUAAAGCGUUGGGUAGAACGAGUAACGGGACAAUUCCUGGACGCAUUUGAGUCCCCUCGAAAUGACUGCCAUGAACGUGAAUGGACAGGUGAUUAUAUUAUUCCAUUGAUACAAGGAGCUUUGAAAUUAGAUGGAAAAUUUCGUGUCCCGUGGGGUGAGGUUUCUGUCCUUGCAACUCUACGUCGUCGAAACAAUGAUAAGGAUAUACUUGCUGAACAAGUAGAGCGAGGUUAUCAAGUAGAUAUAUUAUGUAAUUGUGAGCAAUACGAGAUUGCUUGUGCGCUGGUUUGCGGUGGACCAUAUUCUUACGAUCUAACCAAGCUCGCCUCGGAUGAAUUCAACCUCCCGAGAAUUAUGAAAGACAUGCUUGAUGAUUUAGAAAUGAAGUUCCUUUACUCUGGAAAGAAUGGGAUGGAACUAUAUAUUGUUGAGAUACAGGCAUAUAUGACAGAGGUUCGCAUCUACCUUAUAGAAAAACGUGAAAUAUAUUUCUUCCAUCAUUUAAAAACGUUCAAUCUUCCACUUACGUUUUCAACUUACAAAUCUCUGAAAUGCGCAUUAAGAGUGGCAUGGUAUAUUCGAGGUUUGCUUAACUCAUUAGUUCAGGAACUUAAUACUGUCAAUGCUGGUGAUGACGGUGGAUUUAAAACACCACCUACAACAUCAUCAGUAAAUAAGAAGACUAUGCAAACACCGUCAAAGCAACCAAAGAGAAAGAGAAGAAUAAAUUAA